CUGACACACACACACACUUCAAAAUCAGAUUCGAAAUAGAACCCUAAUUUUCAGAGAGAAGAAGAAGAAGAAGAAGAAGAAGAACCACGAUGUCUGCUACUCCAAACCCUAACCCUACUCCCAACGCCGAGGAAGACAAGAAACCUAACGACAUCGCUCGCAUCAAUUUGAAGGUCAUAUACCAGGACGGAAAUGAAGUAUUUUUUAGGAUUAAGAGAAACACUCAGCUGAAGAAGCUGAUGAAUGCUUACUGUGAUCGACAAUCUGUCGACCUGAACUCAAUUGCCUUCAUAUUUGAUGGUUGGCGUCUCCGUGCAGAACAGACUCCUGAUGAGCUUGAAAUGGAAGAUGGAGAUGAGAUCGAUGCUAUGUUGCACCAAACUGGUUCUGUUAAAGCAAAUUGUCAAAGCUUCGCCACUCUAUUUGAGUGAUUUUUUUUUAUGAUUCUUGAAUCUUGAGUGAAAAAUCAACUCAUCCGUUAUAUACUUUGAGUGAUUUUGUGAGGUUUGAUCAUUGAGAAAUUAUACUUUUGUGGAGUUUAACUCUAAUUUAGAUUGUAGCUGUCAAUUCUCUAAUUUGAAUGAGUAUGUCGCCUGCAUGAGUAUUUUGCUA